AUGACAAUAGCUUCUCCCUCUUUGGAAAAACGUGAAUUUACUGGUGAAGGCACAUAUUACAAUGUAGGUUUGGGUAGCUGUGGCAAAACCAAUGAUGAUCAUCAAUAUGUAGCUGCUCUUAAUGCUCCUCAGAUGAAUAACGGACCUAAUCCCAAUUAUAAUAAAUUGUGUGAUAAACGCAUUAGAGUCACUGGUCCCAAAGGAACCAUCACUGUCAAAAUUGUUGAUACGUGUCCACCCUGUAAAUCUGGUGAUGUUGAUCUUUCACCAUCAAGUUUCGCUGCUAUAGCCGAUCUAUCCGCUGGACGAGUGCCCAUCACUUGGAGUUGGGCUUGA